UUUCAGUUGUAUUGUGACAGCCAGCCGUAGACGACAAACUGCCUGAUGACAAGUGUCAUUCCGUGUGCAGACUCACCCAUUCAACAAUCAGUCCGAUCCAAGUGUUCUUUGACAGCAGAAGUUUGCUCUUACUUUUUCUUCGUUUGGCCUGCGGUUCGAAAGGUCGUGAGACCAUUCAAUUUUGACCACGACGGGAUUUAAUUUGUGCCGUAGUAGUUUGUUGUGCAUUUGUUAUAUUUUCAUCGUUCCGGAAAGCUUGUUUUCGUGGUGAAACUGUUGGUGUGACACGGGAAGAAGUCAUCCACUGUGCUGCUGAAACGGAUUUGUUGUUGGCAAUCCCAUAAAAAUUGAUUAAAUUGAGUGUUGGAUAGGCAAAAGAAGGGAAUCAUUUUAUGUUGUAACGAUGCUAAUGCUACCGCAGCAGUGAUGCUCCGUCUUGGAGGGCUUCGCUGGUCGAAGUUAUGGUGGUCUCGCUGUGAGAUUGUUGUGAGCGUUGUGAAUAUGUCAAAAAAAAAAUGAAAUGCAAAAGUGUUUGUGUUUUGUUUUAGUCUGAUAAGAGUGGCCUGAAGGUGCAAUUUAUAUUGUUUCUGCAGAAAAGAAAAUUCCAACCGUACCACGGCAUUCUGCACAACCUUGGUGCGGCACUUGGUUUUGAUAGGUGCCAGUGAACGAAGAGUGAAGACAUCGUCGCCAGGCUGUGUCUGUGCUUGUCGUGGAGACCCCACCAAAAUUUUAAGGCACAAACAACGGGAAACCUGACAAAGAACGUGCAUGUGAUAAGUGUUGUAAUUUGUUACUUCAAGCGAGCGACUGGCACCGGGUAGAUAAUUUUGAAACUAGGCCAAGCGCAAAGUUAGGUACACCCAGCAAUGGAUUUGGCAAGUCUGUUUCUGUUCGGGCUGAUGUCCUGCGUGAUAGGCGCUGUGCUGAUGUUGCUCAUUCAGUACUAUGCCUUCGUGCGGUACUUUCGCCUACCCGAGUUGGACGAGGAACAGGAGCAGUGCCGGAAGUCGGCGUUCAGCGAGCCCUACGUGCUGCCGGAUACUCUUUUGGCCAGCAUCAAAGCCCCAGACACUGAAAGCAAAUCGACCAUAAUGGCCAUCAAUUGGAUUCUGCAGUUUCUUUACUUUGAACUUCGCCACUCGAAUCAAGUGCGCAAGUGGUUUCACCGAAAGCUCUCCUUGGAACUGGAUGAACUGAUUAGUAAAACCACCACCGGAAGGUUGUUCGACAAACUGUCGAUACGGGAUCUCGACCUGGGUAACCAAUUUCCAGAAAUUAAGAACUUUCGACUGCAUAACGUUGAGCUACACCCCGAGGAGGGCCAUAUCGAGAGUUUGGAUGUGCUGUUGGAUCUUCACUACGAGGGCCAAUUUCGGUUAUCCAUCGAUGCCGACAUGGUGCUCGGCAAGAAAGGAUCGCUUGCUCUGAAAGUUCAGCAGGUUUCAGGAAUCGCUCGGUUGCAAUUCACCCGGAAACCGUACACGCACUGGUCACUCAGUUUCGUUGGUGAUCCGAAGGUUGACCUGGCAGUGCAAUCACAGUUCCAAGGUCGCCAGAUGCAGUCUAACGUGUCCAGUCUGAUAUCAAACCAGAUCCGUAAGGCGAUUCGACGGAAACACACAUUGCCAAACUAUAAAUUAAGAUAUAAACCAUUCUUCCAUCGCGUGGAAGAGGACUACGAUCUCAACGAAAUUUCACCAAAUGGAUCAUUGGAAAUCAAUGUCGAAGAAAUCACCCGAUUAAAUUCGGCGACCCGUUUGUCCCACGUGUACUGCACUCUGACGUUGGCUCACAUGCCGUGGGUGAUUGCGAGACAGCAGGAUGACAGUAACCUCAUUGUUUCGCUGGAUGUAGAACUCCAUAAGGCAAAGAACCAACAAAUAGGAAUCGUUUUCAAACAAUUGGAACAAACGGUUACCAUUGAAGCCGUUGUUCCAAACACCCCGGCAUCGAAAGCGGAACUGAAACGUGGUGACCUUUUGCUUUCGAUUCAGGGAAAACGGGUUACGACCAUCAACCAAGUUGCCAAAAUCAUAAAAUCCCUCAACAGACCGAUGUUUAUAAUGCGUAUCGAACGAUCCGUACCGGGCGCGAUCAAGAACGACGGUUUGAUGGAUGAUUUGGAGGAGUACGAAGAAAUUGAUCCCAAUUUGAAUAUCACCUUUACGAAAAACAUUGAUAAUGUUCAGAUAGGCAGUGUUGGCAGUUCGAAGGAAAAAGUUCGCUUGUCCCGGCGGAGCUCGAAAGAUAGUGGAGGAGAAUCCAGUCAUUCGAACACACCCGGCACAACACCGGUCAAGCGUGCGGACGAUUCCAAAGAAAGGAAAAAGGAAGAAGUUUCUGGUACAAAAUUACUUAAUAACGAAUCAUCUGCAAAUGCUGCUGCAAAUAAAAAGUCUCAAAACGAUGGAUUCCCGCAGCAUUCAUCAGUGGAUUGUGUAUUCAAUUCCUUCAUUCGGAUGGAUGAUUUGAGCUGCUUUCAACUAACGGAACAAUUCUCAUACUUGAAUGUGAACGUGUUUGGUAAAAGCAGUGACGAGCAUCGACUGUUGGGAUAUUUAAAUAUACCCUUGAACAGUAUACUGAUGGAGUGUAACGAAUCUUUACUGGGUCACCAUUUGAAAAAAUAUCCGCUUCUCCCCCCGGAAGCAAUUGAUGUAUCCAACCACCCUCUCUCUAUGCAGUCAGGAUUUGAUCAAAACUAUUGCUAUGGUGACAUUCUACUUUCCUUCGUUUGGAGUGGUUCGUUGGUCUCUGCAACAAACAGUGCCGUUUCCGUCAAAAGCAGCAGCGAAAACAUCAAGAAGCUCAAACUUAUCAAUAUUAGCAAGGGUUCAGCCGACAAAUUAGAUGACGACAAGCCCGAUUCUUCAUCGGAAUCAAAAUCAACUGGACAGCCAGGUUCGCAAAUCGCACAGCAGCAUGACUUUAUACGAACCCAUUUCCAUCGUUCUACACAAUGUGAUUAUUGUGGCAGAAAGAUUUGGCUGAAGGAUGCAGUGCAGUGUCGAAACUGUGCCAUGUGUUGCCAUAAAAAGUGCAUCAGCAAGUGUCAAAGUUCUACGGUAUGCAAUGCCGGAGAUUCGGUACAGCAGACACCAACGACGGGUUCACAGCCCGAGUUCCGCGUGACGGAAGCUGAAUCACCGACAAUCGAGGUUGAAGACUUCGUAGAUAUUGUGGCAGAAGAGCAGCAAGGAAAAUCGAGGUUGGAAACACAUCGACAGAGUUUUAGCGAAUUGCUGACGCAAGGACUGAAACGUGUCAACUCGGUCAACAAUCUAUCGAUCCCGAUGGUUUCGUCGAUGAAUCAAAGCAGUAAAAGUUUACCUCCUACCCCGCAGCAUACUCCGCGAAAACAAUCGUUGGCGAAUGUGAGCCCCAACCCAUUCGUAGUGGUCACCCAGCGGCUCGAGAGUCUUCCGGAAGAUCUCAAGCAGCUCCAAAUGGAUCAAAUAGUAGAACUGACGGCGCCGCUGAUCGAGUACGGUUCUUCCGAUACGUUGAUGGCCCUUGCCAAGAGUUCUAGCAAAACCAUCUACGCCGAGUACGAAGCGGAUGUGCGAACCGAGAAAAUCAACAAACUGCUUUCCAAGCUGCACAUUGCGCUGGAUUGCGAAACGCUCAACCAAACAUUGUUGAGCGCUGGCAGGGACGGCGGAAAUAAAGAUGAGACCCGCAAAAGCACCCCGCCGCCUACGGACGCUACCCGGUCUGCUUUUCUGGCCGGCCAGUCGGAGGAACGGGUCCAAGCGCUUAGUGUCAUUAUGCUUCAUCUGUGUUCCGGUUUGCAGCACGCUCAGGGAAACAUAAACCAAUGAGAAUAGCGAUUGCUUCGGCAGCUCUCGCUUGGGUCCCUGCUAGAUCCCUCCGCUUUGGUUGGGUUUCUACCAGGGGAACUUUUACAUGGGGAGAACGAAGCAGACGACGCUGACGACCGGUUCGGGCGGUUCUACACUGGUGAAAACGGUGGUUCUGGAAGUGGUAGUGCCGGCCGAAAAAGCCCUUUCCGUUCCCGGAGACUUACUUCAUGCCGUAAGCGCGCGAUGGGACUUUUCCAGCGGUCCGCUAGUGUCAGUAGUGUUAGAAGUGGCAGCACCAAGAUCACCCUUAAUAAAUGGCUUACCCCCCAAGCCCCAGGACACUUGAAGUGAUCGAUCGUAUCCCCGAAGAGUGAACUACACUUGCUUAAGAGUUGAACUUGGCGAACUUAUUACAACCUUGCGCAUAAAUGAUGUCAAGUUGAGCACAACAUCCAAGCGAAACACGAAUUUUAGAGUUCAGUACCCUGAGCACAAAAUGAUGAACAAAACACCAAAUGUACGGCUUAAGACUUCCGCUGCUUCCAAAGCAGAAUUCUGCUAAUCCAUUUAUGCCACUCUUAUCCUUAUGUGUUAGUUUUACGAUACGCACUUUCCAUAGCUUACAAAAAUUUGUAUUUUAAUGUAGGUCCUAGCAUGUUCACUCUAGCAUUCCCAGCAUCCCACACUUUCGGAGUAGUUGUUCUAUUGAUACCAACGUGAAAGCAACAAAUGUGAUCCUGAAACCCUAGGAUAAGAUAUUGGACACGAUUGGAACCGUUUUUUAUACCAUCUCUUCCGCCCCUUUGGGACAACAGAAGAUUGUACUGAAGGAAAAGUGCAGUAUUACAUUGAAAAACUAUUCUUCUAGAGAAUUGUGUUUUCUACUUAUAUCUCACUCGACUCUGACUACAAACAAUCAAAAUAACUACUUCGAUAUCGGUCUACAUACAAGCACUGUUUUUAUCGACAGCGACUAGCGCUUGGUACAUUGUAAUGAUGUGUACUUAACGAAACAAUUGAGUUGUAUUAAGGCUUAAAGUUUUUAAAUAGAACAAAUAGACAUAAUGUUAAUAUGUUGAAUCCCAUCACCAAGCAAACCAGAAAAAACAUCACACAAACACAUGGAAAUAGACAUAAUUUACAAAACUAGUCAAUAUACAUGACUCUAUUUGAAUUGAUACACUUAGCAUUAUACAAUUAUACAUUGACAUUCGAAAAGACAGUAGUGUUAGUAUGUAUGAGUUAAGACAAAUUGAUAAAUUAUUGGUGGAAAAAGCAUAUUGAAAAUUACAAUAAACAUUUUAUGAAAUGAAUUGAUGGCAUCG